AUGAACAAACUAUUCGGUAGCGGGAAGCCACCCGUCCCAACGGUCGAUACCGACCGGGUGGUGCCGCUCCAUUUCUUCGAGAGCGGCCCGCUGGUGCAGGGCAACAACAUGGCCGUAUCUAUUGUGUUCGACGAUGUGUUGGAGCCAGAAAAGUUGAAGCAAGCCCUCGAGGGUCUUGUGAAGAGGGAAGGCUGGCAGAGACUUGGAGGACGUCUCCGGAAGAACCCAACAACCGGAGCGAUCGAGUGGCAUAUCCCUACUGUCUUCUCAGCUGACCGUCCCAUCAUCAACUACGCCCAUGUCGAUCACGGAGUCCCCGCCGCCCAGCACCCAGCUGCCUCGCGAAUCCCGCAACCGUCCACUAGGCCGGCGGUUGUCGCGGACCCUGACGACCUCGCUGAUUUGGCUUUCGAGCCUGGUCACAGGCCCGGCGGCAUCAGCGAUUAUCUCACUUCUGACAUGCCCGUCCUAGGUCUGCGUGUCAACUCUUUCACCGACAAAACCAUUGCCGUUCUCCAAUGGCAGCAUGUUGCCUUCGAUGCGUUGGGUAUGCAAUAUGUCGUCGAGGGCUGGAGCAACAUGCUCUGGGGCAAGGAGCACGAGAUUCCCACGCCCUGCGGUUUGGACAGCGACCCGUUCGAGGCUUUGGCUAAAGGAACCCGAAAGCCAACAGAGCCCCAUCUGUUGAUGGACAAGAAGGUUGGAAUUGGCGGUAUGCUCAAAUGGGGUCUCGGAUAUGGCUUCGAUAUGUUGGCACGGGCCAAGGAAAACCGCAUGGUGUGCAUUCCGCAAUCGUACUGGAAGACGCAGAUGGAGAAAGCAAUCGAGGAGCUCCGGGCUGAAGCAACCGAAAAGGGCGAGGACCCAUCCAAGGUCUUCCUGACUGAAGGCGACAUCCUCACUGCCUGGACGAUGAAGUCAGUUGUCGGGCCCCAGGACAUGGACCCCAACAGGACAGUGGCUGGAUCCAUUGCCAUGUCGCUCCGUAAGGCAUUCGAAGGUGACCUGAUCCCUGAGGCAUCCAAGAGUCCCUAUGUCGGCAAUGCUUUCGGUUGGGGCAACGUUCUCGUCACUGCUGGUGAUGUCAACACCAAGCCCCUCAGUUGGCUCGCAAGACAAGUACGGCGGGCCAUCAACGAACAAGGCACCCGGGCUCAGCACGAGGCCUACUACGCCAUGGUGCGUGAAGGGCCUGGUCUCCCAAUUGUCAUCUUUGGCGACGGCGGCAUGGCCCAGAUUGGCUUCUCCAACUGGUCCAAGGCGGGCUUGUUCAACCUCGACUUUGCUCCUGCUCGCAAGGUGCAGAAGCCAGGUGUACCAUGCCGGCCUUCAUACGUUCAGGAGAACCACGGUCCCAUCAAGCCUGUCGAUGGUUUCUUUGUGUUUGGGAAGGAUGAGAAGGGUAACUACUGGACGUCAGCGUACAAGGUUAAGGGCCAGUGGGACAAGCUGGAUGAGUACCUUGUCAAGGAGCAUGAGAAGGGCGCCUGA